AAACAAAUACAUCAUGGCGGGGCCCACAGAGCACCGACCACCAGCCACCGGGCUGGUGGCAGGGGUGUAGCCAAUCCGUUUCCCUCUCCAAAACCCUACAUCCGUCCCCUCCCCGCCAACCGCAGAUCGUGUCUGAAAUUCGAAUAGCUGCAGCGCCUUGAGAUGAAGUUUAGGGCUUCUCCUCCAAAAUGGCUUAUCUUUCCUCGCCAUUUCCAUCUUCGUCAUCUUCCGUUCCGCCAGCCCUCCUCCUACCCCCCCGCCAAAAGCUUCUGCACGAGCCGAGCUUCUGUUAAUGGCGGAGCCAGCAGCAGCAGCAGCGGCAGUGAAGGUAAUUCCUUUUUGGUGCCUGGUGCUACAAUGGCUACCAUACUCAUGCUUGGCAUUCUUCAUGCCCGGCGCAUAUAUGAUGACAAGAAGGUCGAAGAAGCAAGGGAGAAAGGGGUUGAAUUUGAGUUCUCACCUGACACAAAGGCCGCAUUCUUGGGAUUGCUACCACUGCGUUCCAUUUCACGUUUAUGGGGUUUCGUGACAAGUACGGAAAUUCCCAUCUGGUUGCGUCCCUACAUUUACAAAGGCUGGGCUCGAGCAUUUCAUUCCAAUUUGGACGAAACUGCUCUUCCUCUGGAAGAAUAUGCUUCCUUACGUGAUUUUUUUUCUCAUGCACUCAAAGAAGGCUCAAGGCCCAUUGACUCUGAUCCAUUUUGUCUGGUCAGUCCUGUAGAUGGUACGGUAUUAAGAUUUGGUGAACUAAAAGAACCAGGGGGCAUGAUUGAACAAGUCAAAGGGUUUUCUUAUUCAGCAUCUUCCCUUCUUGGUGCAAACUCAUUCAUUCCCAUGGUAGUCCAGGAGGACAUGCAUGGAGAACACAGUGAACAGAAGCACGUUUCAAAAGAUUCAAGUAAAAGGUCAUGGUGGCGAAUUUCAUUGGCAUCUCCCAAAGUGCGGGACCCCAUUUCAAUGGGUCCAGUGAAGGGUGUAUUCUACUGCGUUAUAUAUUUAAAGCCUGGUGACUACCAUCGAGUACAUUCUCCAGCUGAUUUGCAUAUUUUUAUUCGGCGCCAUUUCUCAGGUCGCCUUUUCCCUCAAAAUGAACGUGCUACACGAACAAUCAGAAAUCUAUAUGUGGAGAAUGAAAGGGUUGUUCUUGAAGGCCAAUGGUCAGAAGGAUUUAUGGCACUUGCUGCAAUCGGCGCAACAAAUGUUGGAUCCAUUGAACUUUCCAUUGAACCAGAACUGAGGACGAACAGACCAAAACGGCGGUUGCUGCAUUCUGACCCUCCAGAUGAGCGCAUAUAUGAACCUGAAGGCAUUGGGGUGGUGCUUAAGAAGGGCGACGAGGUAGCAGCAUUCAACAUGGGGUCAACUGUAGUGCUUGUUUUCCAAGCUCCCGUGUUGAAAUCCACUGAAGAAGAUGGUUCCGCUGCAGAGUUCAAGUUUUGUAUUAGAAAUGGUGACAGGAUUCGGAUGGGAGAAGCCUUAGGUAGAUGGCGGGCUUCAUAGCAGGGACUGCAUGACGGGUAUUUUUGGUACACAUGCAUGCUGUGGUGGCCUGUUGGCAUGACUGUAAGGCUGCUGAUUUUUUAAUUUUUUUAAAAUAAUAUAUCUACAUUUUUUUUUAUCACUGAUAAAAUGCACGUGCAUUAUUGCA